AUGAGCAAUCAGCGUCUCGUCUCUCACUCCGCUAGUCCUACGACGGCCGCCACCACGUCCGAGUCUCGCAUCGCCACUCUGAGCACCCGCUUGCCAAGUGUUCCUAAGGAGGGCACGCCGGCAAUGCCGCCCUCGCCGACUUCGCUGCAUGACGACAACCACGCCAACAAUAUAGGGAAUCAUACGGCGCCGACAUCGUACCAGAGCACCCCGAAUCAAACCAGCCUCGUGCCCCCCUCCCUCAUCAACCUUCCCCAUGUUAGUCUCGGUCCAGCUGCGCAUUCUUCGUUUUUAGCCAACGCGCUGAGAGCCCUCGAUGAUGGGCCCGCCGGAGCGGCUGCAUUUCGCGAAUUCCCUGUGCCUCCGUCUAACGAUUCUCCCUAUGCCAAGAGCAUCUCCUCUACGGCGCCGGCGUCGCCUCGCAUUCCCCCAAUCAGACAGAACUCGGGUUCCCAGACUCCUCGGGUGCGCCCGCACGCCACCACCCUCAGCAUCCCUGGUAUGACAAGAUCGCUUGUUUCUCCCGAUGGCAGAAUUGCCGAUAGGGACGUCGCGGCGAAGCUCGUGAUUCUUAUGGUUGGCCUGCCGGCCCGUGGCAAAUCCUACAUCACCAAGAAGCUUCGGAGAUAUCUCGCGUGGCAACAGCAUAACACUCGGAUAUUCAACGUUGGUAACCGAAGACGCGUGGCCGUCGUGAACCCGCCCAAACAUGAGCGCAGCCAGAGCUCGGUAGAUGUCCCGGUGCCAGGGGCUACUAUUCUCGUCAAUGGCGCUCAAAUUCCGGAUUCUCCGUGCCAGAAGUCGCCUCCCGACCAACCCGACUCUACCCCGAUUCCCAUGGACCAAUCCGCCAAGUUCUUCGAUCCGAACAACGAGCAGGCGGCGAAGCUCCGAGACGAGAUCGCCAUCGACACUCUUAACGAAUUGCUGGACUAUCUGAUCAGCGGCGGCGGCUCGGUUGGCAUACUGGACGCCACCAAUAGCACGAUCCAGCGCCGGCAGAAACUCUUCGACCACAUCAAAGCCAGAGAGCCCAAGCUGGGUAUCCUAUUCAUCGAGAGUGUUUGUAAAAACCCAAAUCUCCUGGAAGCGAACAUGCGCUUAAAACUGUCCGGCCCCGACUACAAGGAUAAGGACCCUGUCAAGUCGCUGGCAGACUUCAAGGAGCGCGUCAAAGCCUACGAGAGCGCGUAUGUCCCUCUGGGCGAUUACGAGGAAGAGCACGAGAUGCAGUACAUCAAGAUGACAGACGUGGGCAAGAAGCUCACUCACUUCGGUCUAGGGGGCUUUCUGAGUAGCGGCAUCGCUCACUACCUAUCAUCUUUCAACCUGUCGCCGAGACAGAUCUGGAUCACCCGCCACGGCCAAUCUCUCGACAACGAGGUGGGAAAGAUCGGAGGCAACUCGGCGUUGACCGAUCGUGGAGACGCCUACAGCCUCUGCUUGUAUAAGUUCAUCACACAGAAACGCAAGGAGUGGCUCGUCGAGCAGCAGAACAAGAUAGCGCAGUCGUCAUUUCCCCCCUUACCCGGAGACCGGUCGCCGCCUUAUCCCGACCUGAGUCGCGAGCUCGACGAGAAGAACUUCUGCGUUUGGACGUCGAUGCUGACGCGCAGCAUACAGACGGCUCAACAUUUCGAAGCAGAUGAGGACUACGAUGUGAAGAAUUGGGAAAUGCUCAACGAGCUCAACUCCGGCACGUUCGAGGGCCUGACGUACGAGCAGAUCGCCCGAGACCACGAGGACGAAUACACCAAGCGCCAGAUGGACAAGCUCCAAUACGUCUACCCGGGGGUUGGCGGCGAAGGCUACCUUCAAGUUAUCAGCCGUCUUCGCGACAUGGUGCGCGAAAUUGAGCGGAUCAAGGACCACGUCAUGAUUAUCGGUCACCGCUCGGUUUGCCGAGUGUUGAUGGCGUACUUCAUGGACCUCACGAGGGAUGACAUCGCCGACCUGGAUAUGCCGCUGGGCAUGCUCUACGCGAUCGAGCCUAAACCCUACGGUAUCGAGUUCCAUGCGUACAAGUACAACGAGGGGAAGGCGUGGUUUGAUGAACUUCCCAAUUACAAGCCGACGAGGACUGUCGAUCGCAGUGCCUAA